AUGAUUCUCAACCAAGAUGGGAACCCCAUGGCGUUGCCACCGUAUGAAUACGAGAAAAUGCCAGACAAGCGAUCGAUCCGAGUUCUCACGCUGCACCCAGGCCUCAAAUUCCUGCCUCUCAAAAUCUCCCUCUCAGUGAUCUCGCUCGACGACCUUCAGUACCCCUACGAGGCCAUCUCAUACGUCUGGGGCGAUGCAACAAUCAAAUCCCCAAUUGCCUGCGACGGCAAAAAGCUAGUGAUCACCAAAAAUCUCAAAGAAGCACUAGAACAAUUCCGCGAUGAAGACCACCCACGAGUUCUAUGGGCUGACGCACUCUGCAUCAACCAAACCGAUCUCGACGAACGAGCAUCUCAAGUCAUGUUAAUGUGGGACGUCUACUCCCAAGCCUCACAAUGUCUUGUCUGGUUAGGAAAACCAACAGCCGAUAUCAGAGAUGCUCGAAAUCUCUUAACAGAUUUAAUCCACGAAAUUCGUAAAGGUUUCCGUUCCGAGGAACCUGAAGGAGAAAAAUUAGGAAGCACUGCAAAACUCCCCAAAGACGGCGAUUUCCGCCAUCUGAUUAAACAUCAAGGCAUCAUCGGCGGUCUUCUACCACUAUUGGAAUCACCUGAAUGGCAGCCAUUAAUCGACAUAUUCGAUCUCCCAUAUUUCAGUAGAAUCUGGGUCAUCCAAGAAAUCAACGCAUGUUCAUCCGCCACAGUCUUCAUCGGCCCUCAUUCCUUCUCCUGGCCAGAUCUCGUCCUCGCCGCACAGUGGAUUGGGACAGAAUAUGAUACGAAUCGGAAACUUCACAUCCAGCGAUUAGCGCGGACGAAGGGUUGGUGGACUGCGGGGAAUAUGUCAAGCGUUUUUCGACGGUAUACGAAAGAAGAAGAUGUAGCGAAGAUUUUGGAGGCGUUUCAUAUGUGUGAAGCGACGGAUUCGAGGGAUAUGAUUUUUGCUUUGUUGGGGUUUGAGGUUGUGAGGAGGGGAUUAGGGGAGGGGGUGGUGGUGGAUUAUAAGGUACCUGUUGAGGAGCUUUAUGCACAAUUUGCGAGGAUCGUGUUGGGAAAGAGUGCGGGGUUGGAGAUUUUGUCUUAUCAUUGGCAUGGGAGGACUGCUGAGAGGGUUAAUUGGACGGGUACAAAUUUGGCUGCGUUUCCUUCGUGGGUGCCGAGAUGGAAUGAACCGCCUGAUCAGGAUGUUUUGCUUCUUGGGCCGCUGAAGGAGUUUAAUGCUGGUGGAGGUGUGGCGAGAGAGCUCCUCAUCGAAGGAAAUACGCUCAGCGUAUCAGGCCAUGUAUUCGACACCGUGCGAGACGGGAGUAAAAUCAAAUGGGUCGAUGUAUCGCGCAACGCGUCUCGAUACGUAACCCUCAUGGCCCCAAUGUUCGCGUGGCCUUUCAACAUUAGCGAAGGCGGAUACACGGACCUUCCCAGUGCAGAAGCGAUCAAUGAUUUCAUUUUCGCAAUCACAGCCGGCUUAAACGAGAAUCACAAUCGUGCCAUGGACGGAUAUCUAGAGAGAGGUUUCAAUUCAUGGUACAAUACCCUUUACGCCUUCGGAUACAAUCUCUUCUCCCUCAAAGGUCACAUGCAAUUCAAAUCUGUGCCGACGCCCGAAUGGGAAGAGUAUCAGAGGUCAGCGUAUGCUGUCACGAAAGGACGUGCGAUACUCAGGACGCAAAGUGGGAGGAUUGGAAUCGGGCCUUAUGGUACACACGAAGGAGAUUUGGUGUGCGCCCUGUACGGCGGGGACGUCUUGUAUGUGCUGAGGCCGAUCGAAGACUAUUUUGUUCUCAUUGGCGAAGCAUAUUUCUAUGGUGCCAUGGACGGUGAGGUUGUGAGCGAUGAUCAAAAGUGGCCACGUCGGGAUUUCGAGAUUCAUUGA